AUGUGUUAUUGGUCAAAUAUUGAGGAGUUUUUUUUUAUUUCGUUUUUUCUUGUUUUUCAGAAAAUGAACACAACAAAUUCAAUAGAAAUGGGUGUUUACUCAACAAUGCCAGAAUCAGAAAUCAAUCUCGACGGCAGUGAAGAAAUUAUUGAAACCCAAUAUGGACCCAUUAAAGUAAUCAUUUAUGGCGACAAAAAUGGCCUUCCUCUAGUAACUUUUCAUGACAUUGGAAUGAAUUCUGAUAUGAAUUUUAACAAUUUUUUUACUUUUUUGACGCCUUCAAAGUUGAUGAAACGCUUUUGUGUUUAUAAUAUUAAUGCGCCUGGACAAGAAUUUGGGGCUAGCAAAUUGGCUGGGGACUUUACUUUUCCAACCAUGGAAGGACUGGCUAGCAUUGUAGACGAUGUUGUUUCUCAUUUUGGGUAUUUUUCUUCUAAUUUAUAUUCUCUUUAUUAA